CAUCAAUCAGUGUACGCUCCGAAGGACAAUAGCAAGGGCAGUAUCGGUCACAUCAAUCACUUUACAACUCCCCCCUCCAGCCAGUGGGGUAACAAGUGUACAAUACGAGUCCCAUGGGAUCAAUCUGCCUACAAUGAAGUUGUUCCUUUUGGUCAUUGCAGUCUUCCAGCUCUGCGGUUUCGCGUUCUGCGCAGGACCCGAGCUGGACAAAUUCAGCAAAUAUCAAGCACAAGCCCGCAACGGUCACAUCACGUUGGACGAUUCUACGUACGAAGAGAUUACCUCCAAACCUCGCGACUACCAUGCUGCUAUCCUUUUGACCGCCGUGGAGGCUCGAUACGGCUGUACAUUAUGCCGUGAUUUCCAGCCAGAAUGGGAACUUGUUGCCCGGAGCUGGAACAAGGGCGCCAAGGCUGAAGAUAUGAAGUUGCUAUUUAGCACAUUGGAUUUCACUAAUGGGCGACAAGCUUUUCAGAAGCUGAUGCUACAAACUGCGCCCGUGGUUCUCCUUUUCCCGCCAACAAUUGGACCAUUUGCUCAAGUAGACGGGUCACCAUUCAGGCUUGAUUUUAGCGGACCUGUAUCUGCAGAGCAAGUUUACGCAUGGAUCAGCCGUCACCUUCCGGAGGGUAACAAACCACCACUGGUGCGGCCUGUCAACUACAUGCGUCUUGUAUCCGUACUCGGGAUUUUGAUGGGUACCCUCUCAUUGCUGGCGGUCACGUCUCCUUACGUCGUACCUAUCAUCCGGAAUCGAAACCUUUGGGCCGCCAUAAGUCUUAUUGCAAUCCUUCUCUUCACUAGCGGACAUAUGUUCAACCAUAUUCGCAAAGUCCCUUACGUUGCUGGUGACGGAAGAGGGGGAAUUAGCUAUUUCGCCGGUGGCUUUUCAAACCAAUUCGGAAUGGAGACCCAGAUAAUCGCAGCGAUCUAUGGAAUUUUGUCUUUUGCGACUAUUGCUCUAGCGUUAAAGGUGCCCCGUAUGUCGGAUACAAAGGCUCAACAACUGGCUGUAGUUAUCUGGGGGGUUAUAUUGCUUGGAGUCUAUAGCUUUCUCCUCAGUGUUUUCAGGAUAAAAAAUGGCGGCUAUCCGUUCUUUUUGCCGCCAUUUUAGGAUUCCUACUAAUGGUAGAGUACUAGAGCGCUAACUAUAAGAUUACAUGAAUAGAAGAAAUCAUUCAG